CCCUAACGCGGCACAAUGGUAAAUCUCAUCACCGGUCUCUCUGGCCGCUUGGAGGACUUAUCAUCUAUGCCCGAGACGCAGGGUGGCGCUGGGGGAGGUGCGACGAGCCGCCGAGCGUUCCGAACGCCGCGGUCUAUCAUCCGGGCUCGCGAGUGUUCCAGCGAUGGGGCUGUGCCCGGCGUGGAGGCUCAUGUCCAGAGAAUGUCCAAGCACAUGGAUGUCGCAGGAGAGGUACUGUUGGAAAGAAAAGGCUGUGCAGGAGUGAUAAUACUAAACAGACCAAAGUUCCUAAAUGCACUGACUCUUAAUAUGAUUCGGCAGAUUUAUCCACAGCUAAAGAAGUGGGAACAAGAUCCUGAAACUUUCCUGAUUAUUAUAAAGGGAGCUGGUGGAAAGGCUUUUUGUGCUGGGGGUGAUAUCAAAGCCGUCUCAGAAGCUGGAAAGGCAAACAAGAAGAUAGCUCAAGAUUUCUUCAGAGAAGAAUAUAUGCUGAACAAUGCCAUUGAUUCUUGCCAGAAACCAUAUGUUGCACUUAUUCAUGGAAUUACGAUGGGUGGGGGAGUUGGUGUCUCAGUUCAUGGGGAAUUCCGAGUGGCUACUGAAAAGUCUCUUUUUGCAAUGCCAGAAACAGCAAUAGGACUAUUCCCUGAUGUGGGUGGAGGUUAUUUCUUGCCACGACUUCAAGGAAAACUUGGUUACUUCCUUGCAUUAACAGGAUUCAGGCUGAAAGGAAGAGACAUGUACACAGCAGGAAUUGCUACACACUUUGUAGAUUCUGAAAAAUUGGGCAUGUUAGAAGAAGAUUUGGUAGCCCUGAAAUCUCCUUCAAAAGAAAAUAUUGCAGAUCUCUUAAAAACUUACCACACAAAGUCCAAGAUUGAUCAAAACAAGUCUUUUAUACUUGAAGAACACAUGGACAAAAUAAACAGUUGGUUCUCAGCCUAUACUGUGGAACAGAUUCUUGAGAAUUUACAGCAAGACGGUUCAUCUUUUGCCCUAGAGCAGUUGAAGGUCAUUAAUAAAAUGUCUCCAACAUCUCUAAAGAUCACACUAAGGCAGCUCAUGGAGGGGUCUUCAAAGACCUUGCCAGAAGUAUUAACUAUGGAAUAUAGGCUGAGUCAAGCAUGUAUGGUGACUAGAGGCCAUCUCACUGAGAAGACGUCCUUUGAGUGAGAACCCGAAAGAAGUGAAGGAGCAAGCCACGCGGGGAUCUGGAGGAGCAGCAGCCAGGCAGAGAGCCGGCGGGUAUGCAGCUGGAGAAAGGCGGGUUCCGAGAGCCACAGCGAGGCCUUGUGGAAGGGGGAGGCCGUGGUCCAUGAGUGAGGGGUGAGGUCGGAGCUAACAGGUAGGGAAGGGCUGUGCAGAGCAUAUAUGGCCUUGAAGUUGUUUUUUUUUUUAAGACGUUGGCUUUUGUUCUGAGUAAAAUGGAAAGCCACUGGAUGUUUUUGAGCAGAGGAGGGACAUGAUCUUAUAUUUUAACAGAAUUGAUCACUUAGGCACUGAUGUUUUCCAUAUAGAAUGGCUAAGAUUGUAUAGAAAUAUAAUAUGAUGAGCCCAGAUCUGAGCCCUGAGAAAUUCCAACAUUUUGAGGUGGGCUAGAGGAGAAAGCAGUGGCGUGAAAAAAGACAGAAGUGGGAGAGCCGGCAGAGCGUGGUGCCAUGAAGGCAGGAGAGGCAUAUUUCAGGGAGGAGAGUCCUGUCAAAGCACCAGUAGGUGAGGACAGAGGCAUCCUUAGCAUUUGGAAACACUGAAGUUAUGAGUGACCUUGGCAAGCUGUUUCAGAGGAGUGUUGGGGCAGAAGUUACAGAGUGGUAAGUUGGAGAGAAAAUGGGCACAUGGGGUGUGAAGGAAGUAGAGACUGUAUGUGCACAGCUUUCUUCUUGAAACAGAAAUAAGAUAGAAGCUGGAACUGUGGAAUUAAGUGAGGUUCCUUUUUUUAUUGUGUAAGGUAGAAGAUACUACAACAUGUUCAUAAAUGAUUGGGAAUGAUCAUCCAAUAGAGGAAAAGAUUAUGUUUAUGUUACUAAUAAUAGUAAUAUUUACUGAACACUUACUAUGUGUCAAACACUGCUGGUGGGUGGAUUAAGAUAGUCCUAUGAUGGGUGUAUUGAAACUGGGAGUUAGAGAAAUUACCAAAGUCACGUAGGUUCUGUGUAAGAGAGCUCAGGAGGUGAACCCAGACAUCUGAACUGUAUGCACUCAGCCUCUAAGUUACACCACCUGCACUGGUGAUGCCAGGAAAGAGGGAUGGAUUAACCUUUUGAAGCAAAGUCCUUGAGAAGAUAAAAAGGGAUGUGAAUGGGAAUGCAGGGCCUUUGGAGGGGGAAUGGGCCAUCCUCCACAGUCAGGAAAAGGAAGGCAUGGUGCAGGUGGCCGUCACGGGGCUGCGGGUGCUUUCGUAGUGGGAAGAACGGACUGUUCAUGUCUUAGGAUUUCUCUUUUUCUAAUGAAAUAGAAAGUUAAUUCAUUAGCUGAGACUAUAGUGAGAACAGAAUUUGCUAGGGGUAGAGGUUGAAGAGGCAGAAGACAAUUUAAAUCAUUGUCUCUGGGAAUGGGGAAGAAAACAUGACUCAUGGGGCUAUUCUCUAUGCCUGGUUUAGAUUUGUGAUCGUGCAUUUCAAGUGAAACCAGUCAUAGUUGUAUGAUUCUUCUGCAGCAAAAUUUAGCUGUUCAAAUGUAGACAGAGGGAUGUUGUCAGAUUUAGCUGGUGCUGGGAUUUUGCCAGGGCACAAUAAAGGGGAGACAAAGGCUUGGGGGAGAUAAGGGCAUUUUCAAGGAAAACUGACCACAUUAAUGGACUUGGGAAACUGGGCUGGACAGAAGUGAGGCCAGAACAAAUGGUGAGAAAGUUGUGGUGUAGCUCAGUAAGUUGAGGGGUCUACAGCAGUGGAGAUUCUAGAACAAUUAAGAAUAGUGGCUGGUGAUAAGAGAGUGGGUCAUCAGAGGGGUCCUGUCUCUGGAUGUCAUGGGUCAGGUUGUGGCAGGCCAAAGUGGGUGGAGGAGAGAGAGCACCAGGAAAAAGGAUGCCUAGAAAUUCCCCAUUUAAUCUCUGUUUUC